UGUGUGUGUGUGUGUGUGUGUGUGUGUGUGUGUGUGUGUGUGUGUGUGCGCAGGGAGGAGCUGACAUAUGAGAUGUUGAUCCUGGAGCCGCGGACGUCUGAUGAUGAAACUCCUGAAUCUGAAGCCUCCAUCGGCACAGCGGACAGCUCGGAGAACAUCACCAUGGAGACGGAAGGAGCCACAUCAGACCCCUUUGAGCGUGGCCCUUAUCACGGCAGAAAGUCGGAGUCAAAAAGCCGCCGAGCUUUACGCCGUCAGCCCGACUCCCAGGACUCAGCGGACUCCAUCUCCACCGUCUCCUCCUACCACCCGUCCUCCUCUCUGUCCUCCAACGCCUCCGGCUCGCCCUCCCCUCACUACCGCUUCCGCUCCUCCUCCUCCGGGCCCCUGCUCUCCUCCUGCGGGCUGGGGGCCCCGUUGGCAGAAACCGAGGGAGGCCAAGGAGCCGCCAAGAGCCGCCACCGGAUCCGUCUGAGUCGCAGCUCGCCUCGGGAACCCUCGGGGGGGAUAAGGAGGGACUCUGACUUCGGCUCGGGGCCACAGCAGCUGGUUCUGUACGGCAGCAACGAGUUCAUGGUGUGAAGACGAGGAGGAGGAGGGGAGGGGCCGCUGAGGUUACAAGUGUAGGACAUGAGGAAGGGGAGGGAUAUGUGCUCUGUGUCGCCUCCUAAUGCUUCCUCUUCUUCUCCAGAGUCAGAGCAGGAAGAUGUGGGGAUGAAAAAGGACUGGAAAUAUGUAAAAGAGGGACAAAAAGACAGGGGAUGAUUCUUCACAUCUGGAAGCGAGUGAAGACAUGUCUCGGUCCGAGGAAAGAGACCAUUGAGGAAAAACCCACACCUGCAGAAGCCAAAUCUUACAGAGCCCCAUCUUAAUGUUUUAGCAUGUGGGCAGGUGGAGAAGAGAUGUAGCCAUACUGACUGACCUGGCUUUGUCUGUACCCAGCGCCAAGUUAGUCUGCUUUUCACGUUUACACAGAACACACAGGCUGCAUGCAUCUCCAUCAUCACUUUCUCCUCCGUCAGUUUGAAGAGACUGUACAGAAAUAUGUUACAUUAUUAUUAUUAUUAUUAUUAUUAUUAUUAUUAAAGAGGGAAAAUAUGUACAGAGAAAGAAACUCCAAUGCUGCUCCGUGGUUGUUCAUUGUUUAAUAUUUCUACUUCCUGUUUUCUAUUUGACAAAGUGAAGUGUCAGGAAUCCAGGUUCCACUUUUGUUUCUGUGCUGGGUGUUUUGCUCGGUUUACCGUCAUUUGAGUUCUUUCUCUUUUCCUGUUACACAAUGAACAGAGCCAGCGUUGGGUGUCCUCGGGUCGUACUCUGGAGAAAUAAUAAUAGAAGGAAAAGCUGUGGGUGUGCGCUCUCAGAGAUACGAGUCUGGUGGUGUCACGUUUACUUUACCGGAUGUGUCAAAUGUCAAUCAGCCAUAAGUGUGUUGUAUCUGCGAGCCUUCUGUUUCCCCUUCUGUUUUACUCAGAAGCAUCAGUGUUACUACGUCAGGACUUGAAUUUUUUUUUUGUAUCCAUCUAUAUAAAUAUAUAUGUUAUUGCUGUAUUAUAGGUGUUGUUAUUGAUAUCAAAGAUGUCAUUUGUUUGUUGUCAAUAUUGUUUAUUUUUGUUCAGAUGAAAGCCAUUUUUUCGUGUGUGUGUGUGUGUGUGUGUGUGUGUGUGUGUGUGUGUGUGUGUAAUUCCUUCCUCUGUAUCAAUGCCCACUUUGUGUAGUCUUCAUUACACACACACACACACACACACACACACACACACACACACUAGUGUUUCCCCUAAACAUGUUGACUUGCUAAAGUGAAAAUGACUUUAGGUGACACUAACUCUGACUUAUGAAAUCUUUAAUAAGUCUAAGAUUCGUUGCACGCUUUCAUACCGUCCAUGAUGUCCUCCGAGCCACCCAGAAUACUCUUCUUCUUCUUCUUCUCUUUCUGUUUCUUCUACUUCUUCCUCUUCUUCUUCCUCCAUCCUAUUCUCUCGCCGCUCUGGCUGUGAAAAGUAGCAUUAUUUACUCUUGCCUGUUAACCAGACACAAACAAGUAGCAACUAACUCAGACCGCCCCCGUCUUUCUGCAUAUUCUAACUGUGUAAUAUUCCUUGUUUGGGGCACACUCAGUAGCUUAACAGCAAAGAUGUCUCCGUACUUUAGUUGCAAUAUCUCUCCUUGCUUGCAGCGCCUGUGAUUCGAUGCUUUUGAGCAGCAUUUGCUCGGAUCUCGCAACACAGUCAGUGUUAAACAAGUCCUCCUUGAAGCUGGACGUCUCUUUGAAGACCGUGCUGAUCUCCGUUUUAAUGCAAGUGUGUUGUCUUUUUACAACAUUAAACUGUAGACCUGUAAAGAUAGAAAAAAAACUGUUUCAGAGGUGAGCUGAAAGGACAGUUCCAAAUAUCUUUGAGCUGGUAUUUAAUGGGAUGGAAACAUGUCCAGGCUGUUAAUAUGGCAACAACAAAAAAAAGUGAAUGUACCUGUCACUGGAAAGCAUGCUCUGCUUUCUCUGGUUGUUUUUGUUCCUCUUUUAUACACAGUGUAUGUACUAUUUAUGAUCAUGCUUUUGGGGUGUACAUUGGUUUAAAAGAAUCUGUUAUAAAAGGUGUUAUAAAAGGAUAUAUUAUCCUGUGUACGGUUCAUUAUCUACUAUUAAUCAUGGCAACAUUUUAACAGGCCGCACUAGGUCUGUCAUGUUUGUGCUACGAA